AUGAGGAAAUUGAAUGAUUUAGGGUCCUUUUUAUGCCUGAGUAAAUAUUACGAUUCUCCAUAGUCUGAAUGUUUAAGCAUAUAUCAUAAUAAUUUUUGGCUAGCAGCUCUUAUUUCUUAAAUUGUGUAAAAUCUGCUGAAGCAUUUCUUAUAAACAGGAUCGAAAGGUUUUCAGUUUCAAAAAAAAUUCAUGUGGAGCUGA